GAGAGGAUCCGCUGUGGAUGGCUUGCUGACUGGGUGGCCUGACUACACCCGUCUCCUAAUUUAGACUUUUUUUUAAAUCUCAGCUGUAUGCUUUUGAUUAUUUCAGAUUCGCAGCAAACCGGUUUUGUCCACAUCCAUAGACUGAUAACAGGAAUGAGUAUAGAAAUUCCUGAAGGACUGACGGAGCUGUUACAGAGCUUUACCGUGGAAGUGUUGAGGAAUCAGCCCAGGGAUCUGCUCGAGUUUGCAUUACAGUACUUCACCCAGCUGAAGGAAAGCGAGACCAAAGAGGCCUCAUUUGGCAAUGACCAAAAUUCGGCCCCAAGACCUGGAAAAGCGGUCAAUUUCAUUGACGAAGCCAUGCAGAUCGAUUCGGAAAACGGAGAGGAGGAGGAGGACGACGAUGACGAGGAAUUCAUAGCCCCGGUAAUAAACAGAUUCAUCAGAAGAGCAUCAGUGUGUGCUGAAGCUUUCAAUCCUGAUGAAGAUGAGGAGGAAAAAGAGCCAUGGGUCACACACCCAAAAACCGAUGAGCAGAGACAGAGACUACAGGAAGCAUGUAGGGACAUUCUUCUGUUCAAGAAUUUGGAUCCGGAAGAGAUAUCACAAGUGCUGGAUGCCAUGUUUGAGAAGUUCUGCACUGAAGGGGAGCACAUCAUUGAUCAGGAUGAUGAUGGAGACAACUUCUAUGUUAUUGAAAGUGGGACCUAUAACAUUUUCGUGAAGGUUGACGGCACAGAUAAGCUGGUAGGCUGCUACGACAACCGGGGCAGCUUUGGAGAACUGGCGCUGAUGUACAACACCCCCAGAGCAGCCACAAUAAUCGCCACCUCGCCUGGAGCCCUUUGGUGCCUAGAUCGUCUGACAUUCAGGAGGAUCAUAGUGAAGAACAAUGCCAAGAAGAGGAAGCUGUAUGAGGCAUUCAUUGAAACACUACCACUGCUUACGUCAUUAGAGCUCUCAGAGAGAAUGAAGGUAGUAGACGUAAUAUCCACCAAGGUGUACAGUGAUUCACAGCAGAUUAUUGCUCAGGGUGAUUUAGCGGAUUGCUUCUACAUUGUUGAGUCUGGCCAAGUUAGAAUCACCAUGAAAAGAAGCAGGACGAAAAAAGACCAGGAGGAAGAGGAGGUGGAUAUCGCCACAUGCUCUAGGGGCCAGUAUUUUGGGGAGUUGGCACUUGUCACAAACAAGCCCAGAGCUGCAUCAGCGUAUGCUGUGGGGAGCGUCAAAUGCUUGGUCAUUGAUGUUAAAGCCUUCGAGAGGUUGCUGGGCCCAUGCAUGGACAUCAUGAAGAGAAACAUUGCUAACUAUGAGGAGCAGCUGGUGACCUUGUUUGGAAGUACCACUGAGAUUGAGAAACAAAGUGUGUAAGGACGGAUCCAAUGGACCAUGAACCAGUGGAUGAAAAAGAAAAAAAAAAGGCUUGUACGGAUGUUUUUCCCCCAUAAUCACUUAAACAGCUUUUCUUACAAGAAAUGUGAAUAUCCACUACAACAUUUGUGUGCCAGAUAAAUGAAACCGACUACGUCAGAUUCCCAUAUGAGACAAGGUUAAUUUUAGCAGUGUUAUGAUGAAAGUAAAGUAAGCCAAAGCAGUGCUUAAAGGUUGUUUAAAUUAGAUUUCUCACAACUCUAACCUUAAAAAUGUAUGUGUACAUUUUACUUGUCAGUGUUAGACACAUUAUUAUGUUUGUAUACUGAACACUUUUGUUAACUCUCACCUUUUAUCCACAGUGUUAUAGUUAAACCUACAGUAUAAUAUCAUUUGUAAAUUUCUAAACAUUGUUUGUUCAAAUCAGAUGCCAAAGCUAAUUUCUUACUGGAUAAUUGUGAGCAAAUAUGCCACAUUCUAUUGUCAUUUUUGGCAACAGCACUAACACUCACAGCACUGAAGUGCACUGGUACAAGAGUGGACCCAACAUCAGAAAGGAUAAACAAUUUGUAAAGGAAGUUGAUUUGAUUCUGUGUUUGAAUAACAUCUUUCACAUUUUGAUCACAACAGAAUGUAGACUUGGCAGUAACAUUUUUACAAAACACUUCUGUUUACCAUAACAUUUAAUCCCUUGAAUACAUGUUCAUAACUGUAUAUCAUUGUUGGUUAGUGUUUGUGGCUGUUAGCCUAAUACUAUGCUUUUGCAAAAAAAAAGAAAAAAAAGUUCAGAGAGAUAGCUGAUAGUUUUGUAAGAAUAUACAACCCAUUGCUGUACAAUUUGAAACUGAGUAUUUACUGUUAUUAUAUAGGCCCAUCAUUUUAAUAAGUUCCCCUACUAGACUGUAGCCAUUAUAGGCAAUGUCUCGAGACAGUUGCUUUUCCUGUGUUUUUUUUAAUGUAAAAUUUAAGUCAUACUGUUUUUGUGUCGGUGAAACAUAUAUUAUGAUUAUGACAUCCAUUAUUGCUGUCUACCUCUGCCAACAACUUAUACUGUUUGGAAACACAUAUUCUGAUGUUCCCUCUCAACAGGAAUCACAGGAAGUGGGUCUUCUCUCUUUCUCUUCUUCUCUCUCUCUUUUGAAAAAUAAUAAUUGAAGUCUUCUGUAUUUUGUCUGUGGUUUACUGCAGCUUAAAUUGUUUAAAGCUGGUUUAACAUUUAAACAUUAUGAAUUUAUUUCCCCCCUUUGUGCAAAUAGUACUGGUCAUUUUUGAAGGCAAACCCAUAAUACUGGUUGGAAAGUACUGUAUGUUUCACUUUUCAUGUCAA